AUGGUGCAUUCACUACAAAUCUCAAAUAUUUCCAUUGGAGUGGAGGGAAGCGAGGUGCCCGCAGACGCAGGCAAGGAGAAUGACAGAAAGGGCAAUGUUACCUACGGAAUUGACGAUGUCCCGCCCUGGUAUUUGUGCAUCUUCAUGGCUUUACAGCACUAUUUGACCAUGAUCGGAGCAAUAGUGGCAAUCCCGUUCAUCCUGUGCCCAGCGCUGUGCAUGAAGGAAACUGACCCGGACAGGUCUAAUAUCAUAUCUACCAUGAUUUUUGUCACUGGUCUGGUAACAUGGCUGCAAUCAACCUUCGGCUGUCGAUUACCCAUAGUACAGGGCGGCACUAUAUCCUUCCUGGUACCAACACUGGCGAUCCUCAACCUACCUGUGUGGCAGUGCCCUAAGCCGGAAAUUCUAGCAGCUAUGACAGAGGAACAACAAAGAAGUGUAUGGACGACGAGGAUGUGUGAACUGUCGGGAGCGAUAGCCGUAUCAGCUCUUUUCCAGGUGGUUUUCGGUUACUUCGGAAUAAUCGGUUCCUUGCUUCGAUUCGUAACACCGCUAACGAUAGCCCCGACAGUUGCUCUGGUGGGGCUCACGCUGUUCGAUCAUGCGGCUGCAGCGGCCUCUCAACAAUGGGGAAUAGCUGCUGGAACAUUUACACUGCUGACCAUAUUCUCUCAAGUGAUGACCGACGUCACGAUACCGACCCUAGCUUGGAAGAAGGAUAGAGGAAUAACAAUCAUUUGGUUCCCGCUGUUUAAAUUGUUUCCGGUACUGUUGACUAUAGUCAUAAUGUGGGCAGUAUGCGGGAUUCUCACUGUGACCGAGGUGUUACCAUCAGGUCAUCCAGCCAGGACUGACGUGAAAUUGAAUAUUAUUGAAGAUGCACCUUGGUUCCGUGUACCAUAUCCAGGACAAUGGGGAGCUCCGACUGUGAGCGUGGCUGGUGUGCUGGGUAUGCUGGCGGGGGUUCUGGCGUGCACCGUCGAAUCUAUCAGCUACUACCCAACAACUGCGAGGAUGUGUGCGGCUCCUCCACCUCCCCUGCAUGCUAUCAAUCGCGGUCUUGGAACUGAGGGGCUCGGAUGCGUCCUGGCAGGACUCUGGGGCUCUGGUAAUGGAACCAACACCUUUGGGGAGAACGUCGGUGCUAUAGGCGUUACUAAAGUGGGUUCCCGCCGUGUGGUGCAGUGGGCUGCAGGACUGAUGAUAGUGCAAGGGGUGAUAGGCAAGCUGUGCGCAGUGUUUAUCAUCAUCCCACAGCCCAUCGUCGGUGGUCUAUUCUGUGUUAUGUUCGGCAUGAUAUCGGCUUUCGGUCUGUCAUCUCUCCAGUACGUGAAUCUCCAUAGCUCACGAAACCUAUACAUUAUCGGCUUCAGUCUCUUUUUCCCCCUGGUGUUGACCCGAUGGAUGUCAGCCAAUGCUGGAGUCAUACAUACCGGUGUCGAUGCCUUAGAUGCUGUGCUGCAAGUCCUUUUGUCUACUUCUAUUUUAGUAGGCGGGAUUAUAGGAUGCUUUCUGGACAACUUGAUACCCGGCACGGACGAGGAGCGAGGACUGGCCGCCUGGGCCAAGGAAAUGUCCCUUGAUGCACUUGGAGCGUCUGACGAGGGAGACACAUACGACUUCCCAGUGGGAAUGAGCAUCAUCAGAAGAUGGGAAUGGACAAAGUACGUACCUUUUAUGCCGACGUACGAAGCUGGGAAGUUCACAGCACUCUUCAAGAAAAAAGAAAUGUGA